AUGCGUCCAACCACAUUCAUUCGACUAAUCUUGGUCGCCGCGUCUGCGUCGCCAGCGGUCGUCGCAAGCGGCGGGACCUCGAUCUGGGUGACGCCGCACGACAGCUUCUCGUCAUCAGUCGGGGUGCUGGGGUGCAAGAUCGACACGGACCGGGUCGCCUACUGGCCCGACGCGGUCUCGUGCAGCAACAUCUGCGUGUCGGUCGCGUAUUCCGGCCGCAGCGUGAGGCUGCUCCGGGUGGACCAGUCGCAGGGCGCCCACGACAUCUCCUACGACGCCUGGAACUACCUCUACACGGGGCACUCGGCGCUGGACCAGCCGGCGGCCGGGGGCGCGGUGGAGAUGGAGUAUGUUGAUCUGGACGCGUCGGACUGCGCAGACUUGAUACAUACCGAUGGGAGCAAGCUGCCGCUCAGCGCAUCGAACAGCAUGAAUUUCCUCGCGAGCUGCCUAGACUCUGAAGACGGUGACGGCAACUGGGUCGGCGAUAAUUACGUGCUUUACAAUAUUCUCGAUUCGCUGUGUUCGUGGGGAUAUGACGAGGAAUGUACACUCGACUGGCCAAAUGCGAACCAGGCGACCUGCAAGAACCCACUGGGUACGCCGAUCGCCCUGACUUCGGAACCUGUCUACAAUAUCCGUUAUCCAUCCGGGGAAAAAGUACUUGCAUCGACGGGACAAGUCGUGGAUGACAAUGCUAAGAAUGGCAAUGCGAGCGGUCGAAUCUCGAUACGAGGCCGGGACUUGGUAAUUUCAGCGGUUUCUGUUUCACUGGGAUAUUACGCUUUGGACUCUUUUUUGUGA